AGGGAAGAGGAGGGGAGCGGGAAGCUGAGCGGGCUCCCCACCCGGCCAAUACUCCCGUGGUCACCACAGUGCCAGCGCCAGCGCCGGGGCUGGACCCCUCCUGUUCCCGUCGGCUCUGCUCGGCUGCCGCCCGGAGCCCAACUUAGAGUGGCCCCCUCCCCGCGAGCCUUAGAGUCGCCUUAGGGUCCAGUCCCCACCCAGCUCGGGAGAAGACACUAAGGAGGUGACUCGGGGAAGGGGCAGACGCGGCAGCCCCCCCGAAGAUGCAGGAUGGCAGCAGAACCGUCGCCGUCCAGCCUUGCCUACCGCACCACGGGCUCCACCUUGUUGCAUCCGGUCAGCGACCUCCUGGGCAUCCCGUUGGACCAGGUAAAUUUUGUGGCAUGCCAGCUCUUUGCUUUACUUGCUGCUUUUUGGUUCCGCAUCUACCUGAGUCCUGAGAAGACAAGCUCUGCUAUCCGUCAUGCCUUUGCUGCCAUUUUUGGAAUCUAUUUUGUCAUCUUUUGCUUUGGAUGGUAUUCUAUACACCUCUUUGUAUUGGUGUUAAUAUGUUAUGGAAUCCUGAUUACUUCAAGUACACACAACGUUCACAGGUACUCCUUUGUGGUUGCAAUGGGUUAUCUCACAGUAUGCCAUAUAAGCCGGAUAUACAUAUUCCACUAUGGGAUUCUUACUACAGAUUUUUCAGGGCCACUGAUGAUUGUGACCCAGAAGAUCACAACCCUGGCGUUUCAAAUUCAUGAUGGAUUGGGCCGAAAAACUGAGGACCUCACUCCUGAGCAACUUCGACUUGCUAUAAAAGUCAGACCCUCUUUCUUGGAAUACAUAAGCUACCUUCUCAAUUUCCUGAGUGUCAUAGCUGGGCCCUGUAGUAGUUACAAGGACUAUGUAGCUUUUAUUGAGGGGAGGCAUAUACACAUGAAGUUGCUGGAAAUGAACUGGAAGCAAAAAGGUUACAGCAGUCUUCCUAAUCCUUCUCCAACUGGAGCAGUGAUGCACAAACUGUGUAUCACUCUGGUGUCUCUCUUCUUUUUUUUGACGCUUACAAAGGCCUAUCCUGUCACUUGCCUAGUUGAUGACUGGUUUGUCAAUGAAGCAUCUUUUUUAUCCAGACUUUGCUACUUAUACAUUGUUAUGCAAGCAUCAAAGCCAAAGUAUUACUUUGCAUGGACAUUGGCUGAUGCAGUCAAUAAUGCAGCUGGCUAUGGGUUCAGUGGAGUUGAUAAGAAUGGGAAUUUCUGUUGGAAUCUGCUUUCUAACCUAAAUAUCUGGAAGAUUGAGACUGCAACAAGUUUUAAGAUGUACAUAGAAAACUGGAAUAUUCAAACGGCUAUUUGGCUAAAAUGUGUUUGCUAUGAGCGGGCUCCCUGCUUCCCUACAGCCUUAACGUUUAUCCUGUCUGCAUUGUGGCAUGGUGUCUAUCCUGGAUAUUAUUUUACAUUCCUAACUGGAAUCCUGGUUACGUUAGCGGCCAGAGCAAUGAGGACCACCUGUAGACAUUUCUUCCUCUCUUCAGAAACUCUCAAGACAGCUUAUGAUGUCAUCACGUGGGCUUCCACUCAGCUGGCUGUCUCUUACACAGUGGCCCCUUUUGUCAUGCUGGCAGUGGAACCAGCCCUCACUUUGUACAAAUCCUUGUAUUUUCAUUUACACAUCAUAAGCCUCCUGAUAAUUCUAAUUCUGCCCAUCAAACCACAAACCACAAGGCAAUCUCAGACUCUGAAUUCUUUUCAUAACAAGGAAAAAACAUGAUACAUCACAAGAAAACUUGGACAAGUGAAAUGCUUGAACCAGAAUGGAAACAGGGGUGUGUAUUUUAUAAUGUUGAAACAUUAAAAAAGACCUUGGGCUUAAAUGAUUUUCAGUGACCCAGUCAGAAGGCUGAGAGACAAGAUUUAUAGCCUUCUGAUUUUAAAAGCAGGGAAUAUUUUUAUAAAGUCUUUUUCAUGUAUUUAAAUCAGUCAUAUGUAUAGUUUGUUUUGAUAUUUUAUAGGAUAGUUGAGUGUGAAGUGAGUGUGUGUGUGCGUGUGUGUGUGUGUUAGAGGAAGUACAAGAGUUAGAGAGGCAGCCCAUUUUGGGUGUUUAUUCUUUGGCUGUUUAGGGCAUUGCUUCAUAUCCUGGCUCAGCCAUGGUGUUCGACCACAAGAAUCUGAAUGUUGAGAACACUGGUGUAGGCUCCAGCAGGAAGAGGGAGAUUGCAGAGAAGGCUAUCCCAGCUUGUCAUGGCAUUCUUAUGCCAGAAAACACUCAGGACUGGGAUAUUCCUUUGGAGAUUCUGACUCUCUUGCAGUGACACCUGCUGGUUUUAGGGUACAUUUUUAUUAUUUCACAUUAUUUCAUAUACACUUGGAGACACAGGACCUGGGGGAACAGAGGUGCAUAGGAUUUGGCCAGAAUCCUCAGCCCAGCAAAGAGUUCCCACAGAAAAUAAUUAUGGAUUGGAGAUUCAGGACUGCACUUGGAGUAGGCUGCAAUUUUUUCCAAGGGUGUAAUGAUUUCACAUUGUGAACUGAACCCACAUGUGAAUUGAAGCUCCCUCACAGUAGGAACAUUGGUCAUUUAAAUUGAGAGGACUGUUUCUGAGGGACGGUCCAGUGAAGGCCAGAUGUUCACUGUACCAAAUGCAGCCAUGGCUUUUUGAAGGAAAACACCAAAAAUAACCCAUGUAAUUUAAAGCUUUUCUUAACCUGUUAACUUUCCCCCCAAGGGGUUAGUAAGAACACCAAGUUGUUAUAAAUUCAGUUUUUUUACCCUUAAUUUGUCUGAGUUGUACACGAACAAGGCUAUAUUCUGUGUUGAUUUUCAAUUUCCAAAGUGUCGGAGCUGAAUAAAUUCAACUUUAUUUUUAGCUGAAUCAUCAGGAUGGAAAGCAAAGGUUGAACAAACAAUUUUCUUUUCAUCUUCUUGAUAGAAAUCUUUCAGAGAAUGUGUUUUAUUUCCCUUUGGAAACCUCUAUUGGGUAAUAUUAUUUUGGGGAGAAGAAAAUGGCCCAUUAUGGUUUAUUGAAAAUAAUAAUGAUGAUAAUAAUAAUAAUAAACUACCUUACAACAACAGUGUAUGACCUUAAUUGAAUGGUUUGGAAAAGGAAAAAGGGUUUAAGUUGACAAGUGGAAAAUUAGUUUUUCAUGGAAUAUUGUAAGGUACCUUUAUACAUAUUAAAAGAGACAUUUUUAUCUGGAAGAGUUUAUUUUUGUUUAUGUUAAUGGACUCAAUUUACUAGAACAUUUUUUUAGCAAAAAAAUAAGAUUUUAUUUGUGCCUUUGUAUUGAAUAUUACAACUUCCUGAUUUCCCACUCUUUAUAUUGCCCCUCACCAUGGUAUUUUCCUCUUGGGGCUAUCAUCUGAAAGCAUGGAAAUUGCUAUAAAAAUGUGAUUUUAUUAUUGAAAUGAUUUAUUCUGCAUGUCGUACCUUUCUUCUGAAGAGUUCAGAAUUCUCUUUUAACUAAUACUGUCAUUCAUUUUUACCAUUUAGUUAGGUUGAUAGUGAACCUAAUGAAAGGUCUGUUUAAAAACAAACAAACAAACAAACAAACAAAAAACAUGUGCUAGAUGAGAAAAGUCAUACUUAUCUUACAGUAUCCCACAGGGCUCCUGCUUGGUCCCUCUUCAGUUCCCAUGGAUUCAGUUAUCAUCUUUAAGCAGAUGAAUCUUAGAUCUAUUAUCCAACCCUAACCUCUCUCCCGACCUCCUGUCUCACAUCUCCAGCUGCCUUUUAUCUACUUUAUACAGUGUGUCGUAUAGACAUCUUAAUCUCAACAUAUCUAAAACCAAACUAAAUUCAUUACUCUUCCCUAAACCUUCCCUUCCUCCCAACUUCCCUAUUUCUGUUGAAUGUGCUGCCAUCUACCCAGUCCCCCAGAUUCACAAUUUAAUUAUUAUCCCCCUUCCCCAAUUUCUCAUUCUCUCUCAUAACCAAUUUGUUGCCAAGGUCUGUUGAUUUAAUUGUGAAUUCUCUCAUGUGCUCUUUUCUAAUCUCUGACACCAUCAUCACUCUGGUUUUGGCCCAAUAUUAUUUUAUGCCUAAACUAUUGAAAUAAUUUGUUGAUUGACUUCCAUGCUUCAAGUCUCUUCAAAGUCCAGUUUUUUUUUCACUCAACAUAAGUCUGACCAGGUAACCCUCCUAUCCCCUUUUUAAAUAAAUUCAAAUAGCUCUUUACCACUUUCAGGAUCAAAUGAAAAACCCUCUAUUUUAUGUCCAAGCCUUUUAUAACCUUCCCCCACCUUCAAGUUUUUUUCACCUCAUACCCUCUCAUAUACUCUUCAGUGCUUUUCUUGUUGUUCCUCAAAUAAGACAAUCCAUCUCCUGACUCAGGAUUUUUACUGACUUUCCCCUAUGCUAAGAAUAUUGUCCUUCCUCAUCUCUAUCCCCAGAUUUCCUUCAAGUCCCAGCUAAAAUAUUCUCUUCCACAUGAA